CCUUCUUCUUCCUCCUCUGUUAUAUGGUCUGUAAUAACAUGCGGGGUUUUAGGGUUUAGCUAGAAGAAGAACGUACUCAUGGGGUCCCAAAACAAAGAUAAGAGCAAAAAGGGAAAAAGGCCGGCCGUUACCUCCACCGCUGCCGGAGAUGAAAGCGGCGGCGGAAAUAGAACUGAGAAGAGAAUCAUCAAUGAUUCUCGAUUUGCGGCGUUACAUUCGGACCCCAGAUUUCGCGAGCCGCCCAAGAAAAAGUCGAAAGUGACAAUUGAUUCUCGGUUUAACCGUAUGUUCACAGACAAAAACUUCGCAUCAUCGAAAGCGCCUACUGAUAUAAGAGGCAGACCCGUUAAUUCCUCCUCCUCCUCUAGAAAAAACCCUCUAAACCAUUAUUACCAUCUCGAGAAAGAAGAAGAAGAGGGUGAAAAACAGAGGAAGCAGAAAGAGAAAUCAAAGGUUAAAGAACCUGAAAGCGAAGAAGAAGAUGCAGAAGUAAGUGAGAGUGAGAGCGGGACGAGUGAGGAAGAAAUUGAGCAACAUAAAUUGAAGAAAGUUGGCGCCGAAUCAUCAGAGUCCGAAGAAGAGGAAGAUGAGGAGGUGGAAAGUGAUGAUUCAUUGGCAAGUACGGAAGAUUCUUCUUCAGAUUCUGAUUCUGAUGAUGAAAUGGAUGAGGUUUACUCAGAGGAGGAAGAUACUUUCGUGCAGAAAGAGGAUGUGCCUGAAAUUGACAAGGAAACUAAGAGGCUUGCAAUUGUUAACAUGGAUUGGGGUAGAGUAAAGGCAAUUGACUUGUAUAUGCUAUUGAGCUCCUUCCUCCCGAAAGGGGGUCAAAUAAUAUCUGUUGCUGUCUAUCCAUCUGAGUUUGGACUCAAGCGUAUGGAAGAGGAGGCUGUCCAUGGUCCAGUCGGCCUAUUUGAUGAUGAAAAUGGAAAAAAUGAAGACAGUGAUGAUGAUGAUAACGAUGAGAUUGACAAUGAGAAAUUACGUGCUUAUGAAAUGAGUCGGCUCAGGUAUUAUUACGCUGUGGUGGAAUGUGAUUCAAGCGCUACAGCAGAUUACCUUUACAAAACUUGCGACGGGGUUGAGUUCGAAAGAACAUCAAACAAAUUAGAUUUGAGGUUUAUUCCAGACUCUAUGGAAUUCAAGCAUCAACCACGUGAUAUUGCAACAGAGGCCCCUGCAGAUUAUGAAGGUCUAGACUUUCACACUCGAGCUCUGCAGCACAGCAAUAUUGAACUUACAUGGGAUGAGGAUGAGCCACAGCGCAUCAGGACCUUGAAGAGAAAAUUCAAUGCCGACCAGCUGGCAGAUAUGGAGUUGAAAGAAUUUUUGGCUUCUGAUGAGAGUGAAAGUGAUGAUAGUGAGGAAGGUGAUGACACAGAAGAUAAAUCUGCCAAAAAGAAGAAAAAACAAGAUAGGUACCGUGCACUUCUCCAGUCUGGGGAGGGUUCGGAUGGAAAUAAUGAGGACGAUGAUCAGGACAUGGAGGUCACGUUUAACACUGGCUUGGAAGAUCUAAGCAAACGUAUCCUAGAAAAGAAGGAUAAACAGUCGGAAACUGUAUGGGAAGCUGUUCUCAGAAAGAAAAGAGAGAAAAAGAAGGCCAGGAAAGGUAAGUCCAAGGAUUCAUCAGACGAUGAGACCAGCGAUAGUGAUCAAGAACCUAUAGAAGAACCUGAGGACUUUUUCAUAGAAGAGCCUUCCAAGGAUUCCCAACAUCAGAGCACCAGGAAAGGGAAGCAGAGCGUUGAAGCAUCCGAAGAAGCUGAGGCAAGUAGAGCAGAGCUUGAGCUAUUACUUGCAGAUGACAAGGGAGGAGAUGCUAACUUGAAGGGUUACAACAUGAAACCUAAAAAGGCAAAGGGGAAGAAGGGUAAAGAACUUCCAAAUGAGGACAAGUUACCAAGUAUCGAUUAUGAAGAUCCACGGUUUUCAUCUCUCUUCAAGUCACCACUCUUCGCAUUGGACCCCACAGAUCCUCAGUUCAAACGGAGUGCAGCUUAUGCUCGUCAGCUGGCGCAAAAGCAACACAAGGCCGAAGAAGAAAUCAUGAAGACAAAACAACAGCCGGGAAUAGCUGCACCACUGCAGCCAUCCAGCACAUUAGAGGCAGUAACAAGUGAAAAGUUGCAGCCGGAUGAUUUGUCUUCAAGAAAGGAGAAGCAUGAGCUAUCUUCCUUGGUUAAAUCCAUUAAGAUGAAAUCAAAGCAAAUAUCAUUGCCCUCUGUUAAGGUGGUAAAAAAGAAUGAAAAAAGUCGAGCAAGGGCAAAGAAGAUCGAUGAAGAGUGAGGAAAAUAAGAGAGCGAGAAGAAUGAAAAAAGUCUAGCAAGGGCAAAGAAGAAGGAUGAAGAGCGAGGCAAGAAAGAGAGCGAGAAGUAAGAGGUAUAAAUCGUGCUCUCUGACUUCCCAUGGUAGUAGACACAAGGCCUGUGAAGGUGAAUGGUGGUUCAGUAUGGGGUGAAUAGUGGACGCAGUGAAUCUCAAUAUGUAACUUCUUUUAUUUUCUGAUUGCCCCUAUUUGUUACUCUAAGGUCUAAGUUAAGGUCGUGGGCCAGUAAUUUUUUGAAUAUCAUCCGUUAUUGUUUUACCGUGUUACUGUUACACAAUUGGACGUUAUACAAUUUUACAGAUUUUUGCUUUA